UUGGGUGAAUGAGAGAGGGAGACUCUGUGAAUUUAGUUCAGAUAUAGAGACAGAACAGCGCAGGGGUUAUCAUCAUAACUGCAGAGCGUGAAUAAUAAUAAUAAAAAAGAAUAAUAAUAAUGCACAUGACAUAUUGUCAUUGCCCUAAAACGUAAUUAUUCUAAUUGCAUGUGUAAUUUUGGGGGAUUUUUUUUUUUAUUGAAGUCUUUUUUUUUUCUUUUUUUGUUUUACUGUUUAUUUUAAUAGAAAACUUUGUGCAUGAGAAGACUAUGAAUUUAAGUGUUUCAGUGAGCUGUGCUUAAACAUCUUGAGCAAAGCAUAUGUAAGUAUGUUGUUUAAUCUAGGCAAACUGAGGUGAUAGUCAUCUUGGGACCGAGUAGAGAUUCAGAUUUACAAAAUGAUGAUAAAAGGAUUCGUCUAGAACCCAUACGUCGCCUACCUGAGGAAAAUGACCAUGAGUGGCAGUAAUCACACUGUGCGAUCUGUGCCACUGGAUCUUACCAACAAAACCAGAGAGCGUGGGAGCUGCGCGCAGACGGGGGACCAAGGUCGCCCCAGACCUACUCCAGAAAGACAGGUGGAAGCGGCGCACAAGUGCAGCAAUGGACACGGAAUUCUUCCAUCUGAACCAAAGGACUGUUGUGAUGGAUCAGUUUCGCAGACUACUCAAACAGACGCUGUGGGUGACAGGGGAAAUGGGACGCGUGAGGGUCCCAAACAAUCCCGACCCAUAACCCCUAACGCGAACAAUCAGACGAACACGGCAGGAAAACCGGCAGAUUCCUCAUUUUCCAAACUUCCGCCAAGGAAACGUCCUUUCCCACGGGAUGUGGAUCAUCAACAGAGUGGUCCAAGAAAAGAUCCACCUAGCGUGGCUCCAAACGUGUUGAAGAACCCCGAGUCUCAGAUAGACACAGAUCCACAGCGGAUAUUUAGUACAUUUGGAAAUAACCCAAGCGUCAAUGACUCCCGGUUCGUGCCACACUUAACACCAUAUCGUUGUCCAUAUUUCCAGUGGCCUCGGCAGCAUCCUCCACCGGAGAGCACAGAUCGGCUGCUGGCAGAUAUUGCUGAGGCAACACGUCAAGAUGAAGACGGUGACACGCCCCUUCACAUUGCUGUGGUCAAAGAGAACUACCAAUUGGUCAACUGGCUUAUUGAAAUAUAUCGACGGGCACACAAAGACCUGGACAUUUUCAAUAACCUAAGACAGACACCAUUGCACUUGGCUGUAAUCACCCAUCAAUCUAUUUUGGUGAAAGCUCUGCUGGAUGCAGGCGCUGACCCUGGAGCUUUGGACCGUAAUGGACAGACGGCACUGCACUUGUGCUGCGAGCACGGAGAGGUCGACUGCCUGUAUGUCAUCCUCAGACACUACCCCCAAAACCCUUCAUCCCAUCUGGAGAUCAGGAACUAUGAGGGUCUGACGCCCCUUCACCUGGCUGUGCAGAAUGGAGGUAAAAAGUUGGCAAAAAUCUUAUUGAAGAACGGAGCUGAAAUCAACGCUGGGGAUAAUAAGAGUGGUCGAAGUCCACUGGUUCAUGCUGUAGAAAACAACUUUACUGACAUGGUUAUCUUUCUGAUCGAGAGUGGGUGCGAUGUGAAUGCGCAGUCUUACAGUGGGAACACAGCGUUACACAGUGCCUGUGGCAGAGGUCAUAUAGAUAUUGUCAGGGUCUUGCUGAAAAAUGGAGCUGACAGUAGUCUGAAAAACAACCACAAUGACACUGCCAUCAUGGUUGCAAAAAACAAAAAGGUAUCUGAUGUGCUGCGUGGGAGAGGCACUCGCAGCUGCACUAUGAAAACUAGCAGUAACGGCUCUCUGUCCCCUGGCAGCUCCAGCCAUUCUCCCCGAAUGACUCCCACUUUUCAGCGCAGUGCAUCACUUUCUCCUGUGACUCCAGUUUUACCGCGAAGUCAGUCAGCAGACAGCAUUUCAGAACGCCAGUCACCGAUGAACAACGAUGAAAAAACACUGCAAACAUUGCCACGGACACACCAUAAUGUAGCAGUGGACAACAGGGCAGGCUACGGAAUGGCACUCCAUAAUUUCCCAUCAUAUCUGUUACCGUCUGGUUACGACCAAAUUAAGCCCACUGUCUCUCAUAUCCAGAGAAGGAUGCUAAUUACAGAUUACCCUCUUUACUAUCCCACUGGUAUUCAAGCACCUCCAUAUUACUCAGAUGCACAUAUCAUCUUACUCCCCAGUUUCCCUGUGCCGGUCACAUAUGGCUCUCCUUCACAGGGUGCCGUUAACCAAUCACGGCCGUCCAGUCGCAGCAGUGACCAAUCAGACAUGUCUACUGUGAGUGUAAACAGUGAAGAAAGAGGUGUGAGUUGAUAUUAGCUAGAUGUUCAAGCAGCUGGUUGUCUUAAAGGUAUAGAUCAUGCAAAAAUGUUUAAUUCUGUCAUUAUUUAUUCACCCUCAUGUUGUUCCAAACCUGUAUGAGUUUUGAUUAUGUUUGGUUGACACAAGAAGAUAUUUUGAUGAAUUUUGGUAACCAAACAGUCGCUGGUAGACAGUAACGCCCAUGGUUUGGAAAAAGUACUAUGAAAUUCUAUGGCUAACAGCAACUGUUUGGUAAGCAAAAUUCUUCAAAAUAUCUUUUUUUGUGUCCAGCAGAAGAAAGACAUACAGGUUUAGUGGGUGAAUUAUCCCUUUAAAGGGAUAAUUAAAAUUCUAUUAUCAUUUAUUCAACCUCAUGUUGUUCCAAACCUGUAUGAGCUUCUUUCUUCUGAGAACAUAUUUUGAAGAAUGUUGGUAAUCAGACAGUUUUGGUGACCAUUGACUUCCAUUGCAAGAUGGAAUUGCAUGCGGGUUAAUAAAUGAUGAUUUGGGGUGAAUUAUUCCUUUAAGUGGUGUUGUUUGAAUAUUAUUUUGUGUUUGAACAACAUACUGACUAAUUUAUUGCAUUUAUAUGUAUCUAAGCAUUUUUCAGAUAUUUGAAUCUGAUGUUAUGAAGUUUUUCCAAAUCAGUAAUAUGUAUAUUUGUGUUACCAAGUGUUUUGCUAUAUAUUUGGAAUGAUUGCUGAUUUUGCCGUGUAUUAUAAUGGAUUGUGAUAUUUAUACUUCAAUAGCAAGACAGCAGAAUUUAUAUUUUUUUUCUUCCUGUUUUCAUUUGUGAUUUUCUUUUGUUUACCAUUGAAAUUGCAUGUUGUCAGUGUGUUUAUUGACAUCGAUUUGGUUUUCCCAUGUUCAGAUUUUCCAGAUCUUAGUUGUUCAAAUUUGUACGACACUCACACACACACAAAUUUCAUUCAUGUUUACAAAAAAAAAAAAGUAAUUGUCAAAAAUUGUAGUUCACAUUUUGAGGCUCUCAAAGGGGUGUUAUUAGGAUACACAUAUGACAGCUGAUUUUGACCAAGUGUAAUGCCUAUAGAGGUCAGAAUAGGUUUAUCUAAUGCGUGCACUGCCAUUGUCAGCUAUUGUCAAAAAUACCAUGUACACAAAAUCCCAAAAUUGUGACUAUGUGCCACUUUUGAGUGCAAGUCUUUGAAAGGCAGUUUGGUAUCACUGUCUGAUGAAGUUUUGUGACAAAUUUUGAGAUUUGACUCACUGCUUAGUUGCUUAAAAUGGAUAAACUUGUAGAAGGCAGGUGUGGAAAAAAGUGUAAACUAGGAUUAAAACCAUUGCCAAAAUCUUGAGAAACUGUGAUUAAACUUAUAACCACAUGGGCUUUGAUGUGUACUUGCCAUAAUGGUACUUAAAGGUGAUGUUGCUGACAGUUAUGUGAAUGUAUGAACUUUGCUUUACAUAUGAAUGUGUAAAUAAGUGCAUAGUAGUAGUCUAAUUUACUAUGAAUUAAAAAAAGGCAUAUUUUUAUACAUGUGUGCAUUUCAUGACUAACAUUUGUAUAAUACAUAUGAUUUUCUUCAAUGUAAAGCACAAAAAAAUUCAACAUUUUUCUUUUUGUUAUAUGAAGGUCACAUUAAAUCUGUCUUUGAAACUUU